AUGACCAGGGGUGCUUGGAUGUGCAGUCGGCAGUACGAUGACGGCUUAAAAAUCUGGUUCGCACCCCGGGAGAACGAGAAACCCUUCACGGAUUCAGAGAGGGCUCAGAAAUGGCGACUGUCCCUGGCAUCGCUCUUGUUUUUCACAGUCUUGCUCUCUGAUCACUUGUGGUUCUGCGCCGAGGCCAAAUUCACCGGUACCGGAGAGAAGGAGCAGCCGCCGCCCGAGAAGCCGGAGCCCGCGGAGCCGGAGCUGCUGGCGGGAAUGGGGGAGCCGGCGCCCCCCGCGCCCCGGCUCCUCGCCCCCCCCUCGCCCUCCCUCCCGCCCUCCCCCGGCAGCAGCGGCGGUGGCAGCCGCGGCAGCCGCACCAACGGCACCGAGCCCCGACACGGCAAGGCUGCUUUCCUGGGGAACUCCACCGCCCGGCCCCUGGAGACGUGCCCCCCCUCGAGCUCCUCGUCCGGGCAGUGCUUCAGCGUGGGGGACGCGGAGGUGGUGUGCCGGCAGCAGGGGGGGCCGGGGCGGCCGCGGGGCGCGGGGCAGAGCCCGGCGCCCGGCUGGGACCUGACGGAUUUUUACCUUUCCUUUUGUAAUUCCUACACACUUUGGGAGUUGUUCGCCGGGUUGUCCAAUCCGGACACUUUGAACUGUAGUCUGGAUGUGGUGCUGAGGGGGGAAGGCUCCUGCAGCCAGUGCGUCCAGGCUUACCAGCGCUACGACCAGCACGCUCAGGAGAAAUACGAAGAGUUUGAGGUUAUGCUCCAGAAAUAUUUACAGUCGGAUGAGUACUCGGUGAAAUCGUGUCCUGAGGAUUGUAAGACUGUCUACAAAGCCUGGCUCUGUUCCCAGUAUUUUGAAGUCACACAGUUUCACUGCAGCAACAGAAUUCCUUGCAAGCAAUACUGUUUGGAGGUUCAGACGAGGUGUCCCUUUAUAUUACCAGACAAUGAUGAUGUCAUCUAUGGAGGACUAUCAAGUUUCAUCUGUACAGGGCUCUAUGAAAACUAUCCAACCAAUGCAGAACCAGAAUGCUGUGAUGUCAGAUGGGGACGAUUAUCAGAUCAUCAAUCCAAAGGGACUAUAAAAACAAGUGGCUCAACAAUGUGUCACAGGACAUCACUCACAGUUUCAUCAGCAUCAAGACUGUGUAACAGCAGACUUAAACUGUGUGUUCUUGUAUUAAUUCUCUUACAUACAGUACUUACAGUCUCAGCAGCACAGAACUCAACAGGACUGGGCUUUGGAGGCAUAACAACUUUGGAAGAUAAUUCAACCAAUGAAGAAUAA